CUGAAAGCGGCAUCUAUGCCUCACGAUAUUUUCGGCAGCGGCAUUGUUGCUCUCUGCUCGCGGCCGUCGUGGAUAAUUUGCCCACAGCAAACAUUAACCUUCUAUUUACAGGGGAAAUGCAAGCUUUUUGUAUUCGCCUGAUGUUGUUUUCCUCGUAAACCUUACUUAGUUCGUAUCUUUUUUGUUUUCAAUUCAGGCACGUUGCUAGCAAAAAAAAGCUAGCUAGCUUGAUUAGCACUCAUCGCAAAAAUGAAUUCUAACACGCACGUCAUUCAGGUGACAAAUGUCUCCCCGAGCACAACAUCCGAGCAAAUGAGGACUCUGUUUGGAUUCCUCGGAAACAUAGAGGAGCUCAAACUGUUUCCACCUGAUGACUCUCCCUUGCCUGUGACUUCACGUGUCUGUUUUGUAAAGUUCCUUGAGUCUGAGUCGGUGGGAGUUUCCCAACACCUGACGAACACCGUCUUCGUGGACCGAGCCUUGAUCGUGGUCCCUUUUGCUGAAGGAGUCAUUCCUGAUGAAUCUAAAGCUAUGUCGCUGCUGGCUCCAGCCAAUGCCGUGGCAGGAAUGAUGCCCGGGGGAGGCCUUCUGCCAACACCCAAUCCUCUGAUGGGGGGAACGCCAUUCGGAGGUCUUGGAGCUCCCAACAUGGAGCAAAUGGCUGCCAUGGGAAUGCAGGGCCCUAACAUGAACCCCCAGGCUCUUUCUGCAGACUUCCUUAAGCUCAUGCAGUCCAUGGACCCCAAACUGAAUCCAUUAGCGGCCGGACUGAACAUGAAUCCAGGGAUGAAGAAUGAUGCCUCCAAUAAGGAGAUUGAAGAGGCCAUGAAGAGAGUCCGAGAGGCCCAAUCUCUCAUCUCUGCAGCCAUUGAACCAGGAAAUAAGAAAGAUGACAAGCGCAAACAUUCCCGCUCGCGUUCGCGUUCACGCCGCAGGCGGUCCAGAUCUCGCUCAAGACACAGACGUUCGAAGAGCAGGUCUCGGCGGAGGUCCCAUUCAAGGAGUAGAAGGAGGACCAAGAGUCCACGCAGGAAGAGGUCUCACUCCCGGGAUAGAAGCCGCCGCACUAGAUCUAGGGACCGGAAGAAGGAGGAAAAGGCUAAGAAAAGAUCAAAGACGCCCCCCAAGAGCUAUAGCAGCGCCAGGAGGUCUCGAAGCAUCACUCGGAGGCACAAGCGAAGCCGCACUGCAUCUCGGUCCCCCAAGAAGAGGUUGUCCAGGUCUCCAUCGCUCAGACGUCACAAGAAGGAGAAAAAGAAGGACAAGGAGCGUGAGAAGGACCGGGACAGAGACAGGAGGGAGGUUAGAGACCGGAGCAGAGAUGAACGAGAACGCUCCAGCAGUAAGAAGAAGAAGAGCAAAGACAAGGAGCGAGAUCGCGAUCGCAAGUCCGAUAGUGAGAAAGGAGACGUAAAGUUGUCUCCACAGGUGACCCGGGAUUAUGAUGAAGAGGAGCAGGGUUAUGACAGUGAAAAGGAAGGAGAGGAGGAGGAUGAAGAUGAGAGGAAGAGCGACUCUGACUCUGCCUCGUCCCCUAAAGGUCAGAAGGAGAUGGAGAGAUCAGUGACCCAAGUCCCCAAAAAGUCCAAGCUGAAUGGAGACGACCACCAUCAGGCAGACAUGGAGAUGAGCGACUGAGAGCGUCCCGAACCUGACCGUGUUUUCUUUCCACUGUCCUCUUUUUAUAUUUUUAAUAUAGGCCACAACGUGUCUGUGCCUGUUCACUCAAACUUUAAAAGAUUUGUUGUAUUAACUGUAGAAGCAUCAGGGAAGGAAAGCGGUUCAAUAAUUUUUGUAAAGACAAGAAAACAAGGACUAAAAUAUAAAUAACAUGAGACGUGGUUUUUAAUUGUCAUUGCUGUACUUUUUUUAAGAUCCUGAUUUUCUUUUUGUUGCCUUUUGUGUUCAAACGUUGUCUUCCUGACAGUAGACUACACCGCAUUUCCCACUAAAAUGCUGUCUGUGUAAAUAUUUACUAGUCGGGAUUAAGUCCUUUCUUCCUUCAGACUGUUAGACACUCUCCACCCAGAACCAACUUCAUGGUUUUUGGUUGCUGAACCAUUUUGCUUUAACUGUAAUGCACAAAGUCUUGUUUCAGCUGACCUUCCUAUUUACAACCCUUUGUAAGUGUACACUGUAGAUUGAAAUGUGUUGUUGCAAUGAAGUCAAUAGGUUUUCCAAAGGAAACUAAUAAAAUUGGGUCAAACUGUC